CUACAUUUUACUGCCUUGUAAAGUUGUUGUGGUGAAUAUGCUAGCUAAGCUAACAGUUGCUCAUUUACACACACAGCAGACACUGAGCGAAAUUAUCAUCCAUUUGGAGUUGUGGUUUAACCUGACAAGUCACUAUGCUGAGAUCCCGGGCAGCCUUCCCACUAUGCUUGAACCGGACUCCUGUUUGGUCAGCUCCCAGUCUCCGACAAGGGGCCACAAUGCUUUGGGGCUACCUAGAGCCCCAUCAGGGUUGGAGUGUCCAGGGGAAGGUCUGGGCAUGGGGGCGAUGUGUGGUAGCAGCACCCCGAGGCACCACAUCCUUUACUCGUCCCCAACGGACUGUGAGACCUGGCAGAAGCAUUGUGCAGAGAUGGCCGAAGCGUCAAGCCUGUUGUCUGAUUCCCGCUCCCUGUUGGAGCCCCAAAGUCUCUCAACCAGCUAUGACACCCUCUACCUCCCACACAUGUCUGGCCAGGCUCCCCAUCUACAUCCUAACCGUCUUGGCCUCUCUCUUGAUGUGGCCUCGACGUUUGAAGUCGGAGGGGGAAUGCUGGGGGUGGAUGGAGAUUUGGCGGUCAGUCCCAAUGUGAUGAAGAGACGACGGGGCGGCCUGAUUGAGCAGAGGGACAUUGUCAAAGCCCACCAGGCUCAUAAGAUUCACAGCACACCACAGGCACGACGCAAGGAGUGGGAAAUGGCCCGCUUUGGAGACGACGUCCCGGGCUUGUUGAGCCCGGGGGAUGGAGGGUCCGAUCGCAACCGGAACCGCGAUGGGGCGGCCGUGUCCACAGGUGGCAUCUCCCCAGCCUUUAAGCAGACCAAAGCGCAGCGUGCUCGCACCAUGGCCUUGUACAACCCCAUCCCGGUCAGGGAGAACUGCUUCACCGUCAACAGGUCCCUCUUCAUCUUUGGCGAGGACAACGUGGUCAGGAAGUACGCCAAGAAAAUCAUUGAGUGGCCGCCAUUUGAAUACAUGAUCCUCACCACCAUCAUCGCCAACUGUAUCGUCUUGGCUCUGGAGCAGCACCUUCCUGGAGAGGACAAAACGCCCAUGUCUAAAAGACUGGAGAAGACCGAGCCCUACUUCAUCGGGAUGUUCUGUUUUGAGGCUGGGAUAAAGAUCAUCGCCCUGGGUUUUGUUUUUCAUAAAGGCUCCUACCUCAGGAACGGAUGGAACGUCAUGGACUUCAUUGUGGUCCUCAGCGGGAUCCUUGCCGCAGCAGGGGCACAUAUGAACAUCUCAGUGGACCUGAGGACCCUGAGGGCGGUGCGAGUGCUCCGACCCCUCAAACUGGUCUCAGGCAUCCCCAGUCUCCAGAUUGUCCUGAAGUCUAUAAUGAAGGCCAUGGUUCCUCUGCUGCAGAUCGGCCUGCUGCUCUUUUUUGCCAUCCUCAUGUUCGCCAUCAUCGGCCUGGAGUUUUACAGCGGCAAACUGCACUACACCUGCACGCCACAGCCUGGAAUACUGGAAAACGAGACAGUGGACUCCUCUGAGUACGAGGUCCCGUGUGGCGUGCGUCAGUGUCCUGCAAAAUACACUUGCGGCGAUACUUGGAUUGGCCCUAAUGACGGCAUCACUCAGUUUGACAACAUCCUGUUUGCUGUCCUCACUGUCUUCCAGUGCAUCACCAUGGAGGGAUGGACCACUGUACUCUACAAUACCGAUGAUGCCUUGGGCCCCAACUGGAACUGGCUCUACUUCAUCCCUCUCAUCAUCAUCGGCUCUUUCUUUGUCCUGAACCUGGUGCUGGGAGUCCUUUCUGGGGAAUUUGCCAAGGAGAGGGAGAGGGUGGAAAACCGCAGGGCCUUCAUGAAACUGAGACGCCAACAGCAGAUUGAGAGAGAGCUCAACGGCUACCGGGCCUGGAUCGACAGAGCAGAGGAAGUGAUGCUCGCAGAGGAGAAUAAGAAUUCGGGACCUUCUGCCCUCGAUGCUCUCAGGAGCCUCCCAGAGUGGAGUACAGGUGGUGCUUAUGUGUUAAAGAGAGCCACCACCAUCAAGAGGAGAGGGAUGGAUGUGGUACAUCGAGGGCAACCAGGGGAGGAACAAUAUGGUGACAUCUCCUCUGUGGGCAUCCCCAUGGCCAGAGCAAGUAUCAGGAGUGCCAAGCGAGGUCCAACAGCGUAUUUUCGUCGUAAGGAGCGUCUCCUGCGCAUCUCCAUCCGCCGCGUGGUGAAGACGCACACUUUCUACUGGACAGUGCUGGGCCUAGUGGCUCUCAACACGCUGUGCGUGGCCAUUGUUCACCACAACCAGCCCAUCUGGCUGUCAAACUUCCUCUACUAUGCAGAGUUCCUGUUCCUCGCUCUGUUUCUGACUGAGAUGUUUCUGAAGAUGUACAGCUUGGGGCCGCGUCUCUACUUCCACUCCUCCUUCAACCGCUUUGACUGCAGUGUGAUCGUUGGCAGCAUCUUUGAAGUGCUGUGGGGUUUCUUCAGGCCUGGCACUUCCUUUGGCAUCAGUGUCCUGCGUGCUCUCCGUCUGCUAAGGAUCUUCAAGAUCACCAAGUAUUGGGCGUCUCUGAGAAACCUGGUAGUCUCGCUGAUGAACUCCAUGAAGUCCAUCAUCUCCCUCAUCUUCCUACUCUUUCUCUUCAUCGUUGUCUUCGCACUCCUUGGCAUGCAGCUCUUCGGUGGCAGGUUCAUCUUUGAAGACUACACCCCGACAAACUUUGACACAUUUCCUGCAGCAAUCAUGACCGUCUUUCAGAUCCUGACUGGAGAGGACUGGAACGAGGUGAUGUACAACGGUAUUCGCUCUCAAGGAGGAGUGAAGUCUGGCAUGUGGUCCUCUAUCUACUUUAUAGUGCUAACACUGUUCGGAAACUACACACUGCUGAAUGUCUUCUUGGCCAUUGCUGUGGAUAACCUUGCCAAUGCACAAGAACUUACAAAGGAUGAAGAGGAAGCAGAGGCAGCGUUCAACCAGAAGCAUGCUCUCCAGAAGGCGAAGGAGGUCGGGCCGUUGUCGUCCUUCAUGUCUUCAGAGUUUCCAGCUUGCAGAAUAGAUUGUGUUUUUUUUUUUGCUGUGUGUCUCCUGGUCUGUUUUGUCUCUGCUCACAAAAGCACUAAUGUCUUGUUUUCAACCAAUCGCUCAUUGAUAACACGGACCACACAAGAGUCCACGUUCCAGGGAAGCCGGAGGAGGCGGCCCUACCUGUACAGGAAAAGAGCCAUCCACCGCAGCCGGCCUACCUACUCCUGCUCCCUGGACGAGGGCAGCAUCAGGGAGGGCCGCCCACCCCCACCACUCAACCCCUCUACUUCUUUCAUGUCCAGGAGAGAGAGAAGAACAAGGAUGACCAUGUCAGUGUGGGAGCAGAGGACUAGCCAGCUGCGGAGACACCGGCAGAUGUCCAGCCGAGAGGUCCUGUUCAGCAGUCCCAACGAGGAGAAGGACGGGCCACCUGCUUCAGCCCAGGCCCAGCACGGACAUCCCCAGUCACUACACCGCAAGGCCAUGGAGCGCACACAGACCGGGAGUUUGAAGCACCUGACGGACCCCUUAGCCUCCCCAUCCAAGAAUCAGGCUUUAGGCUCCUCCAUGUCUGUGGAUAUGGCCCUGGAUGCCGCCCUCUCUGGCCACAUACCAGAACUCCCAGUGGUUCUGGUACCAGAAUCGUUGGAUCCUACGAACGUGCCCCUUCCCGAUGCUUCUGUGUCUGUGGCCAUACCAGAACCUCCUGAAUCCGACUCCAUCACAGAGAGCAGAAAACUGGGCGUUAAUCAGAGUCACAACACCGUCAGCGAGCGCCGGAGCCCCAGAUUGAAUGGCGAGCGUCAACACAGGGCAGUAAAGAAGUUCAGACCACCAGAUAACCUUGACACACUGACUCCUGAGAUGGGAGGUCAUGGUGGGAUCAGGGGCAGAAGGGCGCUACAUUACUGUGACCAUCACAGCGGGGCCAGAAGUCAAGGGUCAUCACCAUCAGGGAAUGGAAGCCACUUGGCGAGUCGCUCGGUCAGCAGAGAGAGGAGGAGAAAUCCGGGGAACGUGGUGGAGAAGGAGGCAGAGACCAAAAAGGUGGAAGAGGUGUCCAAACCUGAUGAGAGCAGACAGGGUGACAGGAGUGGAGGAGACACUGACCCACCAGAAAACCAGAGCCACACUGGUGACCAGUGUCCUCAGAAGCAGGAAGAACCUCCUCAGCAAUCAGACCCGUCUCCUCCUGUCAUCCCAGAGAGCAACAAAGAAGAGAAGGAGACAGAGCAGGACCAGGACAAAUGUCAGCUUAGCUCCAGUGUGAUCAUCGAAGCGCCCAACGUUCAGUCAUCUCUAGAGCUCUCCACGAUCACAGUCAACAUCAAGGACCCUGAAACCUGUAAACCAGAGAAGGAGGAGGCAGAGGAGACAAAGCCUGUCAACACUGUGACUCCAGACAGCAUGUUCAUCUUCAAACCUGACAACCCGGUUCGUCGAGCGUGUCACUACGUGGUGAACCUCAGGUACUUUGAAAUGUCCAUCCUGCUGGUCAUAGCUGCUAGUAGUAUAGCACUGGCUGCUGAGGACCCUGUAGCCACCUCCUCUAACUGGAAUAAGGUUCUGCGGUAUUUUGAUUAUGUUUUCACCGGAGUCUUCACAUUUGAAAUGAUUAUAAAGAUGAUUGACCAGGGUCUGCUCCUCCAUGACGGCUCCUACUUCAGAGACCUGUGGAACAUCCUCGACUUUAUAGUCGUGGUGGGAGCAUUGGUGGCCUUCGCCCUCUCCAAUGUGAUGGGAAAUAACAAAGGACGGGACAUCAAGACCAUCAAGUCUCUAAGAGUGUUACGUGUCCUCAGACCGCUAAAGACCAUCAAGAGACUUCCUAAACUCAAGGCGGUGUUUGACUGUGUAGUGACGUCUCUGAAAAACGUCUUCAACAUCCUGAUCGUCUACAAGCUUUUCAUGUUCAUCUUUGCCGUCAUCGCUGUGCAGCUCUUCAAGGGGAAGUUUUUCUACUGUACAGACAGUUCCAAGGACACAGAAAAGGAUUGCCAGGGUUACUACAUUGACUAUGGGAAGGAUAAGAAAGAGGUGAAGAGAAGAGACUGGAAGAGACACGAGUUUCACUAUGACAACGUCAUCUGGGCUCUGCUCACUCUCUUCACUGUUUCCACUGGAGAGGGAUGGCCUCAGGUCCUGCAGCACUCAGUAGAUGUGACAGAGGAGGACAGGGGUCCGAGUCACGGCAACAGGAUGGAGAUGUCUAUCUUCUAUGUCAUCUACUUUGUCGUCUUUCCUUUCUUCUUUGUCAACAUCUUCGUGGCUCUCAUCAUCAUCACCUUCCAGGAACAGGGGGAUAAGAUGAUGGAGGAGUGCAGCCUGGAAAAGAAUGAGUAUGGGUCUGGAGGAAUCUUCCAUCAACCUGUAGUCCUGCAGGGUGCAGGGCUGAAGUUCAGUGAACUGUAUUACUCUGCCCCGCCGGCAUACGAGGCCGUACUGAAGCACCUGAACACAGCUUUCACUGUUCUCUUCUCUGUUGAGUGCGUCCUCAAGAUCAUGGCCUUCGGCUUUCUGAACUACUUUCGAGACACAUGGAACAUUUUUGACUUCAUCACUGUUUUGGGCAGCAUCACAGAGAUCGUGGUAGACUUGCAGUUUGUUGAUACGUUCAACAUGAGUUUCUUGAAGCUGUUCCGAGCAGCUCGUCUGAUCAAACUGCUCCGACAAGGUUACACCAUCCGCAUUCUUCUGUGGACCUUCGUCCAGUCCUUCAAGGCUUUGCCCUAUGUCUGCCUGCUCAUCGCCAUGCUCUUCUUCAUCUACGCCAUCAUUGGCAUGCAGGUGUUUGGGAACAUUAAGCUAAAUGAGGAGACUCACAUUACGCAGCACAACAACUUCAAGACCUUCUCUGGUGCUCUGAUGCUGCUGUUCAGGAGUGCCACAGGGGAGUCAUGGCAGGAGAUCAUGUUGUCGUGUCUGGGGGGACAGAAGUGUGAGACGGAUACCUCGCUUCCCCCAGCAGUACCGACGUCCGACCAGGUGGGGGGCUGUGGCUCCGACUUCGCCUAUUUCUACUUUGUCUCGUUCAUCUUCUUCAGCUCCUUCCUGAUGCUGAACCUGUUUGUGGCUGUGAUCAUGGAUAACUUUGAGUAUCUGACGAGAGACUCGUCCAUCUUGGGUCCUCACCACCUGGAUGAGUUUGUCCGGAUCUGGGGGGAGUAUGACCGUGCCGCCUGUGGUCGUAUCCAUUACAAUGACAUGUAUGAGAUGUUGACCAACAUGUCGCCACCUCUAGGCCUGGGCAAGAAAUGCCCCUCCAAGGUGGCAUAUAAGAGACUAGUCCUGAUGAACAUGCCUGUGGACGAUGACAUGUCCGUUCACUUCACCUCCACCCUCAUGGCCCUCAUCCGCACCGCCCUGGAGGUCAAGAUAGCCAGAGGAGGGGAGGAUAGAAAUCAGAUGGACCUGGACUUACAGAAGGAGAUCGGUGUCAUCUGGCCUCAUCUCUCUCAGAAGACGUUGGACCUGCUGGUUCCCAUUCACAAAGCCAGUGACAUGACAAUUGGGAAGAUCUAUGCCGCCAUGAUGAUCAUGGACUAUUACAAACAGAGCAAGGCCAAGAAGCUCCGACAGCAACUGGAGGAACAGAAACAUGCUCCUAUGUUCCAGCGUAUGGAUGCCUCCUCUCUGCCUCAAGAAAUCCUAUGCAAUGCCAAAUCCCUUUCAUUCCUCAGGCACAGUGCCGGAUCUGCUCUCACCAGAGGAGGUUUUCUGGCACUCAGCCCUAUCUCUCCACAAGAGAUGUUCCUGCAGCCGCUGUCCCGCUCCAGGGAGGAGAAGGAGGAGGAGGAGGAUGACGGCGACUAUCAUUCACCCUACCACCCCUACCAUCACCCGCAUCACCAGCACCAUCCUUUACAAUCACUGGUGCCAGAUGUAGUGGAGUAUAACCAAGUGAUGCAGCAGGCCAGGCAGGACGCAACAGUUAUUAAAUCACCUCAGCGCACAGCAUCCAUCAGAGCUUCCUCCAUGCCCAGACUGGCUGUUGAUCCACCGCCUGGGAUGUCAGCAGACAGUAAGCUGAUAAAGCGCUCCUUCUCCACCAUCGGAGACCAGUGUGUGAACGGCCUCUGGCAGGAGCAGCACUCUCUGGAGAGAGUCAGUCCUGACGGCUCGUACAGGCCUCGUCAGAGGAGCUACAGAGGUCCUAGAGUCAACCACAAAGAAACAAGCAGUCAUGAGAGAGGGCGCUCUAAGGAACGGCGCCACCUACUGUCUCCUGACGUGUCCCGCUGCAACUCUGAGGAGCGCAGCCGCGAUCCAUCGUGUGAAAGAAGACGGUCCCGUUCACCUAGCGAAGGACGCACACACACCUUACAGAGCCAGGUAAACACAACAGGCAGCCCUGCCCAUUCAGCCUCAGACUCCGGCACUCCUCGUAAUCGGCGCCAGCUGCCACAGACACCCUCCCGGCCUCGGCCGUUCAUAUCCUACUCCCCUCUGGUCUGCCCAGCCCACACCUCUCCAGCACCAGCAGCCUCCUCUGAGGAACAGACCCAGCCUCAGGAUGGCGCUGGUGGCUCCACGGAGACCUUGUGGACGGCUGACAAGGAGGGCGCCCCCCUAACUGCAGGUCAGGGGUCAUUCGGAGUACAGGUUUCAGGUCCGAGCAACCCAUCUCCUCACCGCUACAUCUCAGAGCCCUACCUCCCAUUCCAUGACGACGCCGGCAGCGGUGGAGAGGCAGGCGACAGGCAGGAGACCCUUACUUUUGAGACUGCCAUAGCAACCAGCCUGGGACGGGCCAACGCCAUAAGCUCCGCUCCUCAGCUCAGGCACUCCUGGCAGGUUCCUAAUGGCCAUUUCCGAAAGCACUUGGGCCAAGCGAGUCCGGCUCGAGCCAGCGAGCUGCUAAGUGACACAGACGAGGAUGACCGCUGCUAAAGAAAACGGAGACGAAAAGAAUGCAUAGAGCAAGUGGGCACCUCGGAGAAGCUCCACAAGGCUUUAGCUCCUCUGUGGCUCUGAGAACUUGUAUUCUCAGUACCAGUAGCAUAACAGGCAGGACUCCACUGCUAUUUAUCUGGAUACUUGGGUGUCUUUCUGCAACGUGUUCUUGUGUGUGUGUUUGUUGUAGCUAGAGGGAGGCUGUGUGUGUGUGUGUGUGUGUGUGUGUGUGUGUGUGUGUGUGUGUGUGUGUGUGUGUGUGUGUGUGUGUGUGUGUGUGUGUGUGUGUGUGUGUGUGUGUGUGUGUGUGAACACGGGUGUGUGGUAAUGCAUGUGUGUGUGCUCUUAAUAGAGAAAAGUUGCCAAAUCAAGAGAACAGCAGAGACUGACUGUACUAUAAGUAGAUCACUGCAGGCAAACCCAAGCAUUGCCAAGCCUUCCCACACAAGUUAGUGUUUUGAUUGUUAUUUGAACAAAAUAUGGUGAGACGUCUAUCCAAGGUGUCUUUGAAUCCAAGAAACUGAUCUCAGUGCGUUUUGUGUAGGUGAACAUAGAGGUAGCAUGUAAAAAUGUAAUACAAUGAAUGUAUUUUAGCUUUUGGUUCUUAUGUUUAGGUCAUUUGAAAGGUUUGCUGUUAGUGUUGACUGUGAACAAUUGUAAGGGUAGCAAUGAAACGGAGUUUGAUUCAGUCCGAUUUUGCCAGUUUAUAAUUUAAAACUGUUCCUGUUUACAACAAGAGUUUCCACGUGGUUCAUGGGCAUUAUGCAGUCACUAAUCAAUAGAUAGUCAAUACAGAAAAUCAUGUUCCAGACCGUAAAGUGAGCAAAACUUCUAAUAAACUUAUUUUUUCUGUCCUUAUGUGACAACAAUGACAGUGUACCCCCAACUGGAGCAGCACAGUGCAGAUUUAUGUCGCUCUGUGGUGUGAAAAGACACUUAAGAUCUUGGUCGGAUUACAGAAUAAGAUAUGUUUUGUCUCAGGAUACUGGACCAUUGAAUUUGAAAACGUGAAGGACUAGAAGUGUCUUUUACAGGUCUGUCAGCAUGAUUUCAACAUGACGAGAUCACCAGUUGACUACUCUGUCCAUGGACUACAACGGCUUUGGCCUGAGGUACAACCAUCUGUAGGACAGACAGCCCCUGUGAAAGGCAAAUGGAUGUUCAUUCUUCACGUUUCUUCUCAAGCCAUUUUCUUCUGGUACAUAGAGCCAGGGAUGUGUCUUCUUCAGGAUGUGUUGCCCUCUUUCAUGUGAUGAUGAGAAAUUAAUGUCCUUUUUACAUGUGAUGCAACAUGGAUGCUUUUACAAAAGAAAAAUCACAGGCACUGUAUGGUUUGUCUGUAUGUUAACUGCCACAUUGUUACCGUCACAUCGGAGCCUAUGUUUUGCUCAGUAGAAACGAGCGUUAACGGAAUUUCUGUGCUCCAGUCGUCAUAGUAAUUUCCACAUGCAUGAUUAUGGUGACAAUUAGAGAGAGACAGAGGUGUGUCUGUGGCUGCCGGAUUGUUCUUAUUUAAAUGUGUCCAUGAUAUUAAAUGGGAUUUAAAACCACCUCACCAACAGAGUAAUAAUGAAACAGCAGGCAUAGUAAUGUUUAUGCUUUUUUUCAGUCCCAGGAUCCACUGUUAAUAUCUUUGAACAUUCCACCUUUAGACCAUUUGUUGUUCCCCUUAAAUAAGAUGUGUAUUUAUAUCAUGUGCUGUUGUAUUAAUGUAAUAUGUUGAGUUUGACAUGUUUCUGAAAUGUGAACACAGGACUUAUCUGGACUGAGGAUCCACAGGCCAGAAGAGGUCACACUCCCCUGCUGGAGACCCAAAACAGCAAGUCCUGGACUGAAAAAGACGUGUUUUAGCAGAGAAACCUCCUUUUGAAGUGUGUCGAUUCAUACAGUUUACAGGUUAGGUUAAGGCUUCAGCCUGUAGGUUAUAGGACCGUGCUUAACAUGUACAAUGCAGCCUAGGACUUAACCUUGAUGUACAGAACAACCUAAUCUGUGCCUGGGGAAGCUCGCCCAAAGAGUUCCCUAUCAAGCCUGGAUUUCAUAGAUAGAGAAGCUUUCUGGUAAAUAUGUAGUAUAAACUGUACAAAAUAAAUCCAUGUUUAAUUUAUUGCACCGUUUAUAUUUUAUUUGAAUCAUGAUGCCUGUCUAUGACUUUACAAAAGAAGUGUUUACAUAUCUGUUCAAAGGACCAUUAAAGAGAGAUCACUUGUC